GAAGUUUAUAUAUAAAAAAAAAAAACACACUAUACAGUACUCCAGGGAUAAGGAUAGUGUCCGAUAUCAAAUAUCACAUAGAGUCAAGAGACGCGUGUGGUACAGCUGGAAGUCCUAUUGACGUUUGGGUACCUGAAGGAUUAAUUUUUGAUUUCGUCAGUGACGGAGGACAGUGGAAAUAAAUUUAUUUUUUUUAUCGUUUCCCACGUCACUCUUUCUCCGUCGGUAUCGACUGGUUCGAUUCCGGGCUGGUUUGUGUCUAAAAAAAAAACAAAUUCGCAAUUGUGCCUGAACUAGCUCGAAAACCCUAUAACGACAAGACUUGAGAGAGAAAAAAAGUCUCACGCACUUGGAAUACAUUCCGGAAUACAUUGACAAGUACUACCUGAGGAAAGUGAAUAUAACGAGAGGGAGAAAGGGCCCGCUGACAAAGUCCGAAGAUACGACGACGAGGACAUCGGAAACCGAAGACCCAGUUCUAGUUCGGGACCUCAGCGGUGACGUCCGGUGAGAAAUUCAAGAAGCGAACGGAGACACCGAUUGACGUAAAGGCCAACAAUACGUAACAAGGGCACGGGUGGCACGACUUCGUAUACUAAGAAUAAGGAAAGUCUGGAGAAAGGAUUCGGCAACGGGAGAUUUAAAAAUAGAUACAUCCAGCAUCUUCCACGAAGUAAUGAUGCAUCGUCAGCAAAGAACUGGAGCCAUCCCAUCAUCCGAUUCCAUGGUUUCCACCUACGUAUCACCGCUCUUGAACUCCCUGUCGUCGUCUUCAUCCUCCUCGACGGGAUCCUCCACCUGGCCAUCGAAUUCCACCUCGUCCUCGAGCAGCUCUUCAUCUUGUCCCGUGUUGCUAUCCAUGCUGGCCUGGUCCGUGACGCUUCUCCUGGUGUCUUCGUGUCUGGGUCUAGCCGACGCCAGCGUCCUCAUGGGUCAUCCUCUUGGAAAACGUUCCUUCAUGGACAUCCAGUGCAAGGGCGUUUACGACAAGAGCCUCUUUGCAAGACUGGACCGCAUCUGCGAAGACUGCUACAACCUCUUCCGUGAACCACAACUCCACUCGCUCUGCAGGCAAGACUGCUUCAGCACUCAAUACUUCACGAGCUGCGUCCAAGCGCUGCUGCUUGAGGACGAGAAGGAAAAGUUCCAGGAGAUGGCCGAGUACCUGGGCCGUAAGAAGUAAGAAGCUGAACAAAUGAAGGAAGACCCGUAGAAGGCGACGGAGGAGGAGAAGGAGGUGGAAGAAGAUGAGUAUAAGGACGUGCGAGAACAAGAUUGAGAUUAAGGAAGAUAUUAGGAGACGGAGAAGAAGAGGAAGGUGUAGGAAUUGCAUAGAGCCAAACUUGACGAGAAAGAGGAGGAAAUAAAUACGUUAGAACCCGGUGCUGCUGUUGGAAUAGUAUAAGGAUGAGCCUAAAGUCAUCAGGAUUAAGGUGAACUACGUUCUGGAGAAGACGACGACGAAGAAGAGGAGGUAGAAAGCAAACUCUCCACUCUGUUCGCGAAUAGAUUCGUACCAAGUACGGCGACCGUACAGAAGAUUCUGAUUAAUGGUUCAGCCACGUGGACGACUCUGUUAACCAAGAACAGAAUAAUUCUGCCGGCAGAAAUUCGUCGACGUUCUCAACCAGGACAAUUAAAAAUUUCUAAGGAUACAAAAAGAAAAAGAAAAAAAAAAGAAACGGCAUCACGGUAAAAAGGCAAAAAAAAAUUACGUAUACAUAUGUAUAUAUAUAUUAUUAUUAUUAUUAUUAGUAUUAUUAUUAUUUUAUAAUAAUAUUAUAUAUAUAUAUAUAUUUAAGUAUAACACACGUACACACCACACGUCCCACACAAAUUCUAGUCGAUGAAAAUAAUCCCGCGCGCGUUCAGGGGACGCCGCGACGCCCGCGUCUCCGUCGCCCGGCUAAUACGCGUUUAUUAUUCUCUAUCUGUAUACUAAAUGACGAUUAUUCACUACUAUAUAUAUUAUUAACUAUUAUGUUACUAUACUAUGCGUAUAGUGUAAUUCUGGGCUCGUAAAAAAGGCAUAUCUGUUAAACUGUAAUAAGGCUGGCCGCGUGUUUGGAUAUCGUGACGCGUCUGUUAGUAUUUUUUGUCCUUAUUUUUCUUUUCCGUUGCAACUUUCGAUCGGUGAGAAAGACAAGUGGGGGGAAAAAGAAAAAAAAUUAUAAAACAUUAUCCCGAGCAUAUCCCACGGCGUGAAUAUUAGUGCGAUGGUCCUUCUUUUCACGUGAGGACUUUAUAUAUAGACUAUUCGCGCUAGUAGAAAUUUUAGGGUGCGCUGAAGGUAAUUACCGAGAUCGACGACAGAUGGCGGUGGCGUCGUGACGCGACGUACGGAUAUCAUUAUUAUUUCAACGUAGACUCUUAUCUCAAUAACUGCUAUCGCUAUUACGUUUAUACAUAUGUUAUACGGAUUUGACAUCGCAUAUGAUAAUAUUUUUCUAUUACCUAUUUUUUUAUUACCGAUCGAUCGAUCGAUUUCUAAUUGAAUAAUUAAUUAAUCGAUUAGUGACACUUGAAUCAUUUGCAAUAUUAUUAAAUGAAUGCUCGCUUUUAUUAUUUUAUUAUUAUUAUUAUUAUUAUUAUUAUUAUUAUUAUUAUUAUUAUUAUUAUUAUUAUUAUUAAUAGCGAUGCGGCGAUACGUCAUCGAAUUUUUCGUGUAGUAUUUAUUUAUUUUCUUGCGUCUCUCUUAUUCUUUCUUGCACUUCAUUAUUUUUUUUUUUUUUUUUUUUUUUUUUUUUUUUUUUUUUUUUUUUCAUUACCCUCUCCGUUCACUCAUCACGAUUAAUACGGUUAAGCGAUUAUCGUCCUAUGUCUUAAAGCAUAGCGAGCGCGAAAGAGGAUAAUCGUAACUCGUUAUUAUUAUUAUUUUAAGUGACGUUUUUCAUUGUCUUCCGGUCGCGUCUACAUUACGGCACGAAUUCUAGCCCGACAGGUGCUUUUCGUUAUAAUGUAAAAACACUUGUCAGAUUUUGGAAUUUGUUUUUCUCGGUUUUUUGUUUGCCCGACGGGACGCGCGAGGGGAUAAGAAAAAAAUUGUGCAUACGCGGGUCAAGUGUGCGUGUGUGAAAUUAAUAACGAAUGUGGAUGCGAAUGAAAGAAAAUGGUGAAAGAGUAUGCCGCCCUGUGUGUAUGGGAGAGAAAGAGAGAGAAGGAAAGAAUGAGAGAGAUUUAAAAAAAAAAAAGAGAUAAGAUCCAAACCAUUCCAAAGUCAGUAUUGAGGAUUCCAAUUACGUGCCCAUCGUCUAUAUCCAUCUCCAUUAUUAAAUCCUCCUCGAAUUCCUCGUCUUCUCCUUUAUCGCUAAUUAUUCUUCACCCCCUUCGUCGCCAUUUUUCCAGCCUUUCCCACGAUUGCCUUGAACGACGAACCUCACCUUCCCAGUCCAUACCGUGAAACGUUAUAUCGUAAUACUUACCGAUCCGUGCCAAUUGACACUCGUAUGGUAUAUUGAUAUUCAAUUAACUGACACUUGGUUACGGUCGGUAAGGUAGAUUACAGUUCUUCCCUGUUUUCAUAAUUCAGGGCCAACUUUCGGCCCGUUUUACCGACUCCACUUAUCCUAGCGCGAUGUGAUUAUUAUUAUUGACCCAGGAGGGUGACAAUUGUUACGUUCUCACUGUUCUGCGACCUGAAUUCCGUUUAUACUCAUUCUUGUAAUUUAUGAUAGUAUUACUACAGGUUUUUCGUUUUUCUAAUAGCACAAAGGCAGUGUGUCGCGUUCGAGACUCUACCGUUGUGAGUUUGUCGCGAAGGCGAGACAGGGGCGAAUAUUAAAAAAAAAAAAAAUGGUGAUUUACUUACGUUAAUGUGUACGCACGAGCCAGUCCACAAACAUAUGUUAUAUAUGUAUGUAUACAUAAUUAAUUAAUAAUAUGCGUAACGAGCGCUCAGGCUUUUUAUUUAUUUCGAGAAUGAAAAACAAAAAAGAAAAAAAAACAAAGAAACGAACCAACACACAACAACGCCGUACUUUUGUUAAACGCUUCUUAUUUAUAAAAUAAAAUGCAAAAUAUGUUUCUCCUGAUGCGUGAAACGGUGUUCAGAGUAAUCGGGAAAAGCGAUAUACGAUACGAUGAAAGGAUGAUAGAAAAUUUGGCAGAAAGGAUGUAUCCUAUUCGAUAAACUAAAAUUAUAUGAUAUAUAUAUUUAAAAAAUCUAUAGAAAAUAAAUUAAAAAUAUAUAUAUAUAUAUUGCGCAGAAGAAAACAUAGAAGAAACACAUCUCAGAAAUAUAUAUAGGUAUAUAUACACAUAUAUAUGUACACACACAUGAUCAAUGGAUGCGAAUUAAAUGUGCGCGUGCAUCCGUCUGCGUUCGCAUAUUAAAACGAUGAGUAUCUAAAAUCUCUACUUGUUUACGAGAAAAAAAAAAAUAAACGAGUGAAUCAAGUAAACAA